CUUGUGUACACAACCGGAAGUCAAUUUUUGUCUCUGCUGUGGUCGAUGUAAUGUAAAAAAAUGUGCUAUGUCGUGCCUUUUUCCCUGGUCUGCUGAUUUAAAAGAGUUCGUUGUGCAGAGGUUCAGAAAUAUGCGGUGGCCAUCAGUGGAGUCCCUGGCAGGAGCCGUGAUGCUCUUCCACAUUGUGGUUUGUCCUUACACAAAAGUCGAAGAAAGCUUCAACAUACAGGCCACUCAUGAUGUACUGUACCACCGCCUCGACAUCGAAAAGUAUGACCAUUUAGAAUUCCCUGGAGUGGUCCCCAGAACCUUUCUGGGGCCCCUUGUUCUUGCCAUGACAACAGCACCUGCAGUUUAUCUGUGCCAGUUUCUGAAGGUCUCCAAAUUUCUUUCACAGUAUUUAGUCCGUAUAGCCCUAGGUCUGUAUGUUCUUGGAGCAUUCUCGCUCUUUGGGAAUGCCAUCAAGUUCCGCUUUGGCCCGGACGUCAAGCGCUGGUUGUACCUAAUUACAGUGACACAGUUCCAUUUCAUGUUUUACAUGUCCCGCCCACUCCCGAAUACGUUUGCUCUUAUACUUGUGCUGUUGGCAUUAGCUGCAUGGAUAAAGCAGAAUCACACCCAGUUUCUAUGGAUAUCUGGAGCAGCCAUCAUCAUCUUCCGCUCGGAACUGGCUGUUUUUCUUGGACUGAUCCUUGCCGCGGAAAUCUUCUCCAGGAGACUGAGCAUCGGAAAGUUACUGAAAAAUGUAGUCCCGGCGGGAUUUUUUCUACUUGGUCUGACUGUGCUGGUGGACAGCUUCUUAUGGAGGCGGUGGCUGUGGCCCGAGGGUGAGGUCCUGUGGUUUAACACGGUGGACAACCAGAGCUCCAAAUGGGGUACUGAGCCCUUUUUGUGGUACUUUACCUCAGCCCUCCCCAGGGCCCUGUCUAUGAGCUUCUUCUUGGUGCCGGUUGGGUUGGCCUUGAACCCUUACCUUCGACCCCUGUUGAUUCCUGCCCUGGGUUACGUUCUCCUGUACUCCAAUCUGCCUCACAAGGAGCUGAGGUUUAUUAUUUAUGUGGUUCCUGUCUUCAAUACAGUGGCUGCCACCGGCGUCGCCAAAAUUUGGGCCCAUCGUUCUAAAUCCUGGUUCAAAAAGCUGGUUGCCAUGGCAGCAUUGUGCCACAUCUUUGGGAACAUCACCUGUACCACGGUGUUCCUGUUUGUGUCCCACCAGAACUACCCCGGGGGUCAGGCCAUGCAGAAACUUCACCAGCUGGAGAAGCCUUAUAUAGCGGUGAAUCUUCACAUCGACGUGCCUGCCGCUCAGACUGGGGUCACUCGCUUCACAGAGAUCAAUCCCAAGUGGAGAUAUAAUAAGACUGAGAAUAUACUACCAGGAUCUCGUGCCAUCCUAGAUUUUUCUCACAUCUUCGUCGGAGACGAUGACAUUCUACAGUUUUAUCAAAACACACAUUCUGUUAUAGCUAAAAUUGACAGUUACGACACUCUGCGUGUGGACCUGCGAUCAUUUCCACCGAUCAGAGUCACCACGAAACCAAAGAUCUGGAUCCUCAAACGCAAUCUGUAUGUAAAAGCCAGCUGACAGUUGGAUCUACUAGGAAAUCUGAUCAACCAAGUCAACGCGGAGAUAGACAACAGACGACCCAAGCAGACCAGAAUUUCCUAGCACAACCUUGUUUUGUGUGAAUAAUUAGUGCAAUAUGACAUAUGAUAUUUAUAACUUAGUUUUAAAGUCCAUAAGUUAUCAGGGAUUAUUCAGACAUUCCAGAGUUUUGAGUUGAGUCAGAAAAUGGCCAUUAUUUUCUGUGUGAGAGGUUCAAUUGUCUCAAUCUCUGAUUUUUGAUUGUUUUUGGUAUUUUUACAUAUAAUAUGAAUAGGGACGUAUCUACUUGUGGGAUAGGCGACACUCGCAAGUCUCGCCAAAAUUAUGCGGUAUUUGAUUUCAUAGGUCAUUUUUAGCAUGUCACCAGAUAUAUGGUUAAAAAACCUUUAAAAAAUAUCGUACAAUUAUUCUAGAAUUGCUAUUUGUACUUUAUAACCCUUAUCAGAUCAUAAUUACGACAGAGUUCUUAACGAGGCCGGGUCUAAUUUUUUCUGCCCUAGAUUUUUGAAUGAAAUUUUUUACAAGAAUUACUACUGAUAUAAUUAUUAUUUUAAGAUAAAAAAAUAAGACAUUUACCACACCGUUUGUUUAAGGGGUCAUCUCAAAGUGUGUUAAUUUUUAACAUAGGACCCUAUGGGAUUUUGCUUGAAAUGUACCAAAUUUGCACAUUUUUUAAACUUCUGCCCUAGGGAUUUCUUUUUCUGUUCUACAUAUUAAAGUUAUUGCUAAAAGGCAUCAAAUGGUCAAAUAAAAAAAACCGUUUACCUCCUGGUUUGUUCCAGGGGUCUUAUCAAAGUUGAUUUUUGUAUGCCCAAUUUCCAAGAUUUGUCAGUUAAUGGCUAUUUUUUAUUUGACAAAGGCGGAAAAUGUGAUAUAUAUGGUAUUAUUAAAACAUUCAGACAUAUUUAAGUAAUAAAUAAAUAUAUAACAUCACAUAUUAAGGGUCAUUAAUAUAAAAUAUAUGGUUAUUGUCUUGAAAUAUAUGAAUUAAGCUAUAUCUAGGCGGGUUAAGAAAACGUGACAGAGGGCUAGGCUUGCUGAACCCUCUUCACCUUUUCGACCCGAGCCCAAGUAUAGCUUAUACUUCGAGACAUUUAUCUUUAUUCCACAAUAUAACUUUAAUUUUACUCUUCAAACGAGUUAUUUUCGACAAAUUUCGCUGAAUAUCUGCAGUUGAAACUAUCCCGCCAUGGCGUCAACAAAGCAAAAAGAUGACGUCACAAUACAAAUGAAACGCUGCGCGAAAGCGUGCGUACUCGUUCUGUACUCGGCCUCGUUAAAACCCCAAGAUCCGUUCUUGCCCCAUUUUCGGGAUAAUGUUAAAAUUGACGUUUAUUUUCUUUAUAUUCAAAUAUUAUACCGGGAUUGAACAGAGUUUUAAAGACUUGUCAAGUCUUGCGUGAUAGUUUGGGAAGUAAACAUGGCAAAUGUAGAAGUUGCCUAUCCCAUAAGUAUAUAUACGCCCCUGAUAUCAACGAAAGUGCUGAAAUGUAUCUGGCCUAAAUUUUUGGAUGAUAUAGUACAGAGUUGACAGUAAAAAGAAAUGUUAUUGGAAAAGCUAAAUACAAAAAUGUUAUCUAGCAUAUUUUGUAAAGAUAAGUUAAUAUAGCUAUGAUGAGAUUUAUUAGUAAAAAAAAAGCUAUGAUAAGAUUUAUGAAAAAACCUCUCACCAGUUAUUCUGACAUAUGAAUGUUUAUAAAUUCAGUUAACAUGUUUUGGUAACAUUUCUGUUAAACUGAACUGAACUUUAUUUAUUUUACAACGAUUGAUAAACAAGUUCUACAACUUAUAUUAAUAUCUCUCGUUGAUUUAGAAACUCAGUGAACAUGGUUUAUUUAUAGUUAAGGAACUUAAUCACAAAUUAUCUGUGCUUAAUUUUUUGUGCAUUUAUCUUUUUUUUACUAUAAAUUUUCUAAAAGGCAUUACAUGCAUGCAUUAGUUUUUUUCAUGACCUGAAAGGUACAUGAUAUUUAUUGUAACAAGACGUUGUAAUCUUUUAUUUGUUGUCAGUUUUUAUCAACGACAAAGGGCAUUGUCGGACAACCAAGCUUGUUUUUCAAGACGUAUUUGUUAUGCUUAUGUUAUUAAAUGAAGACUAGAUAAAGUCAAAUUGGUUCCUUUGUUCUCCACCCCUUAUCAAAUGAAUAUUCUCUAGAGAAUCACCAAUGUAAAAUCUUUUGGAAGAGUUGCCUCCUUCAAUUACUGCUUAUUGUAAAUUUGAAACAAACUUUAAAUUAAAUGCUUGCAUUAAUAUUUCACAUUGGCCAAUGAUAUGAUAUUUUACUCAUAGUAUCAGUUAUCUCCUCAAUAGGAUGUUAGUAGCAAUGAUGAAAGCAGCCAAAUAACUUUAACCUACCCCCAUCAGUCGUUUCGGUACUUUGAUUCUAAAAUUACUAUGAUUUAAGCAUUCAACAUUCCAUGUGUCUUUGAAAAAAAUAUCAGAGAAUGCUACUUCAUCAGAUGAAGUGCAGUUUAGUGAAUAUUAUUACAGUAACAUUGAAAAGUUUGUUUGAACUAAAAGUUUAAUUUGAUAAACAUAUUGAUUUUAUUUGAAAGGGAGAUCUUGGAGAUAUUUGCAGGUGUGGGUGCGGGUAUUAUUGAGUUUGAAGUCUGUUUUUAUUGAAAUUUGUUUUCUUUUUCUAGCAUAUUGAUGUGAAAUUGUAACACUGUGUACUAGUUUCUUUAGCAAAGUGUGUUUUGAGUUCCUGCUUCUUUUUAAAGGAUCAAACAAACCUUAAAUCUGGUGGUAUGUUAUAAAUGUAAAUGGUUUAGAGGCAUUAUAGAGAGAAUGUUUUUGUGCUGUUUGGAAUAAUAUUUCUUACAAAUGAGAUAAACAAUCCAGACAGGAACUGCUUUGUUGGUUGAAUAAGGUCUUUAAGUUUGUAAUUAAUUGUGAUUUUGAUAUAGUCCCAGAGUGUUGUAGGAGUGAGUUUAUUUGUGUCAAGUGAAACUAGAAAUGUGUGCCAUAUCUAAUACAUGGAUGUUGUUAUGUUCAGUUGCGGUACAAAUAAAGAGAGAAUUUUAAAACUGUGAUCUUC